CGGCUGUCUGUUUGCCCCGUGCCUCUGCCUCCAGGCUGUAGACCGGAUUCUAAUCUCAAACCAUGAAUUAUGUGGGACAGCUGGCUGGACAGGUGAUUGUCACCGUGAAGGAACUCUACAAGGGCAUUAAUACAGCCACUUUGUCUGGGUGCAUUGAUGUCAUUGUUGUGCGACAGCAGGAUGGCACCUAUCAGUGUUCACCUUUCCAUGUAAGAUUCGGGAAGCUGGGAGUCCUGAGAUCCAGAGAGAAAGUGAUUGAUAUAGAAAUCAAUGGUGAUGCAGUGGAUCUUCACAUGAAAUUGGGUGACAAUGGAGAAGCUUUCUUUGUGGAAGAGACUGAAGAGGAAUAUGAAAAGCUGCCUGCUUACCUUGCCACCUCACCAAUUCCUACAGAAGAUCAGUUCUUUAAAGAUAUUGACACCCCUUUGGUGAAAGCAGGUGGAAAUGAAAGGCCACCUCAGAGUUCAGACAUCUCACACAUUUUGGAAACAGAGGCAGUUUUCACUCCAAGUUCUGUGAAAAAGAAAAAACGAAGAAGAAAGAAAUGCAAACAAGAUAGUAAGAAGGAAGACCAGGCCAUUUCCCUUGCUGCAGAAGACACUGUGAAUGUAGACCUGAGCUCUGAUGACGACAAGGGGCUACAGUCAGCAAGAUUAUCUUCAAAUGCCUCUUUAAAGGAAGAAGAAUACAAGGAACCUUUGCUGUUCCAUUCUGGGGAUCACUAUCCCUUAUCUGAUGGAGACUGGUCCCCUCUAGAUAAUACCUAUACCCAAGCAGCAUGUCCUAAGAGCGACUCGGAGCUGGAGGUAAAACCUGCCGAAGGCCUGCUCAGAUCUGAAUCACAUAUGGAAUGGACGUGGGGCGGGUUCCCAGAGUCCACCAAGAUAAGCAAGAGAGAGAGAUCUGAGCAUCCUAGAAGAGCUACGAUCACACCAUCAGAAAAUACCCAUUUUCGUGUAAUUCCCACUGAGGAUAGUCUCUUAAGUGAAGUUGAAAAGGAUGCGUCCAUGGAAGAAACCGUCUGUACUAUAGUGAAACCCAAGCCCAGAGCCCUGUGUAAGCAGCUGAGCAAUACGACUCCCACCUCAGAGCCUCUCCACCCUCCCCUGGAGCCUCCUCAGAGUUCAUCUAUGUUAGAUGCAGACCACCUUGCCAUGUCAUUGGUGGAGUCACCCUUGGAAUCAAAACCAGCUGCUAAAGUAGACUCACCAUCAAAGAAGAAAGGUGUCCACAAGAGAAGCCAGCACCAGGGACCUGAUGAUAUUUACCUAGAUGAUAUAAAGUCUCUGGAACCUGAAGUUGCGGCUCUUUAUUUCCCCAAAAGUGAAUCGGACCCUGGCUCCAGACAGUGGCCCGAGUCAGACACGUUCUCUGGUUCCCAGUCCCCACAGUCUGUGGGAAGUGCAGCUGCUGACAGUGGCACAGAGUGCCUUUCAGAUUCUGCCAUGGACUUGCCCGAUGUCACCCUCUCCCUUUGUGGGGGCCUCAGUGAAAACGGAGAGAUCUCUAAAGAAAAAUUCAUGGAACAUCUCAUUACUUACCAUGAAUUUGCAGAAAACCCUGGACUUAUAGACAAUCCUAACCUUGUAAUACGGAUAUAUAACCGUUACUAUAACUGGGCUCUGGCUGCUCCUAUGGUCCUUAGCUUGCAAGUAUUCCAGAAGAGUUUGCCUAAGGCCACUGUGGAGUCUUGGGUUAAAGAUAAAAUGCCAAAGAAAUCUGGUCGCUGGUGGUUUUGGCGCAAGAGAGAAAGCAUGACAAAACAGCUACCAGAAGCCAAGGAAGGGGGGAAAUCUGAGGUGCCACCGACUAGUGACCUGCCAUCAAGCACAAAGGAACCAGCCAGUGGCAGGCCAGCUGAGGAUGAUUCAUCCAGUGAUGAGGGGUCACAGGAGCUUGAAGAAUCAAUCAAAGUGGACCCUGUUGUCACAGACCCCACAAGCCACAGCAGUGCAACCUCGUAUAAGAAGUCUCUUCGACUCUCCUCCGAUCAGAUUGCAAAACUGAAGCUCCAGGAUGGUCCAAAUGAUGUUGUGUUUAGUAUUACAACUCAGUACCAAGGGACCUGCCGCUGUGCGGGGACCAUUUACCUAUGGAACUGGAACGACAAAGUCAUCAUUUCUGAUAUUGAUGGAACAAUCACUAAAUCUGAUGCUUUGGGACAGAUUCUUCCACAACUGGGUAAAGACUGGACUCAUCAGGGGAUAGCAAAGCUCUACCAUUCCAUCAAUGAGAAUGGCUACAAGUUCUUGUACUGUUCUGCCCGCGCUAUUGGCAUGGCUGACAUGACACGUGGCUACCUGCACUGGGUCAAUGAUAAGGGCACCAUCUUGCCCCGGGGCCCUCUGAUGCUGUCUCCCAGCAGCUUGUUCUCCGCCUUCCACAGGGAAGUGAUAGAAAAGAAGCCAGAGAAGUUCAAAAUUGAAUGUCUAAAUGACAUCAAGAAUCUGUUUGCCCCAUCCAAGCAGCCCUUCUAUGCUGCCUUUGGAAACCGUCCAAAUGAUGUCUAUGCUUACACACAAGUUGGAGUUCCAGACUGUAGAAUAUUCACCGUGAACCCCAAGGGUGAAUUAAUACAAGAAAGGACCAAAGGAAACAAGUCAUCGUAUCAUAGACUGAGUGAGCUCGUGGAACACGUGUUCCCACUUCUUGACAAGGAGCAGAAUUCCGCCUUUCCGUGCCCGGAGUUCAGCUCCUUCUGCUACUGGCGAGAGCCAAUUCCCAGAGUGGACCUGUAUGACCUGGCCUGAGGCAGCACCUCCACAGUGAGGUCCUCGAAUCCCCUUGCAGCAAAGGAAGGUAACCCGCACUUCUGCUGGACAGAGGACACUGGGCUACCCUCCAAGCCACAGGUGCGGGACCAGACACGUGUUGACAGCACCAGCUUUCUGGAGCAGCAAUGGGGCACCUCCUGGAGCUGAAACUGACGUCCUCCCCUUUCCUGGGCUCUACGGGCUUUGCAGCUCAGUGCCUGGGAGAAAAGUGCAGGAUCUCUGACCUGACCCUAGACUCCUGUCACAGGGUUGGUCCUUGCAUACUCUGUUGAGUUGUGUGCUGGGUGCUCGUUCAUUGCAUAAUUUAAAAGGAAGAAAAAAGCUAAGAGUGAACCCAAAACAUUGCACAAAGUAAAGUUACAAUUUGCACUGGGCAGUUGACUGACUCUCUAAAAGCAGGGCUUUCUUCAGGGGGCCAGGGUGUCCACUAAACUGCUCUGGGUAGUUAAUGUAGGGGUUCGCACUGCCUGUGCUCAUUUCUUCCGUCUCCUCCUUCUCCUCUGCCAUGUUGUUGCCAGGACUGCUGUCUGCCUGGCAGGGGCCUUUAGUGCCCCUGAAUCUGACCCCACAAAUGUGGGCUUCUGGGAAAUAGUGGCCACUUAGAUCAAUGCCUUGCUGACUACCCCUUGAUGGGAUACCUUAUGUUCUGUUUCGACCUAGCUAGACACAGGUCUUGCAAGAUACAUUUGGAUUUAGUAAGGACAGUUGGUUAAACAGCAACCCCCAGCAGUUCUGUAUUCAGGGAUGCUUUGGAAAUGUUGGAUAUACCGCUGGGUCCGGGAAGAUCCUUUCCUCAGUCUUCUCCUUCCAGCUCCCCACCCCAGCCUGCUUGUGAUGAGCUGUGGCUGCGUCCUGUCUGACCCUCUAGAGCUGUGGCAGUCAGGCUGGCUGUUGACAGUCGUCCUCACUCUGAAGUGCGAGUGGCUUUUCAGGGCACCAGGAAAGAUCAAACACAAGCCUGCGUUGGUGAGAAGGCAGCAAGCAGAGUUCAGGGGGCGAGUGGGAGCUGCAGGUACAGACUCACGCUCAGGAGGCUCCACUGCCGCCUCUGCUUGUGUGGAGGGCUCAUCCUGACCUAGUGUGUUCCCCCAAGUUAGACUUACCUAAAGGUGGAGGAAGGGGGUGGAUAUUUUUCCAGAUUGGAGAGUUGAAAGUCCCUGGCUUAGGUCAGCCUUUUUUCUUGGUGUGGUUGGAUGCAGAGAUGGGGCGUCCUGACACACAGGUCCCCAGCAGCCCUGGAGCUUGUGCUCUCGGGAGGGACGCGUGCUUCCUCAGCACAAAGCUGUCUUCCGAAGUAGUUCAAGGACUGGUUGUAUAAGGAGCUUGUUUAUGUACACCACUCCCUCUGUGUGAAGUUCUGCCCAGUUAGUGAAUCCUAGUGAGCGCCUGGCCGUGCAGGUACCUCAUCUCGUCGAUGCUGUCAGCGCCUCCUCUGGAUUGUUUGCUUCUGAAGAAAAAUGUGGGCUUUCCACGCUUGUCCUGGAUGUCAUAGGGCUUCUUUGCAUAUGUGCAGCACAGAAAACCUUGUGAGACUUCCAUAGUCCCUUUUCAGUAGUCCUUUAAAGAGUUUUUAAUUAGACAGUUGGGUUUUUUUUUUUCUUUCCUUCUUGAUAAGCUCUUCUCUCUGAACACAUGGGAAACCACGUCCCCCUGCCUGUGUUGAGGGUGACCGAUCCCUGUCGCGACGUCCAUCAACACUACCCUUCGUCAUUUUGUUGCCGCAGAUUGAUCCAGUGGGUACAUGCUAAUUAAUGUGCAUCUUUUUCCUUAUUUAAAGGAGUCCCUCUUGCUGAACGUAGAUGAUUACUAUUACUAUAGUGUCAUGAAAGUGUUAGGUUUGUGCUGAAAAUCCAUUGCCAUUUGGUACAAAUGACAUUUGUUCUUUCUGUGAAAGAGAGAUGCCCUCGAGUGUACUUGUACACAGACCCUCACAGUGGUGGGGUAUGAAGAAGCGUUGCCUCAGAUGAGAUCUCGGGUAGUUUGGGUUCUUCUCAGUGGUUCCACUGCUGAAAUGGCCAUGGUCUCUGGCCCUCUUUCCACUUCAUCCUGACUUGAGCAAUCGCCUCAAUACUUACUUGCGUGUUGAGGUUCAUAGCCGUAGGCUGUGGUGGUGACAGCCUCACCGGCAUGCCAGACACACACUCCUAGCCUGUGUGAGCGAGCACUGUUUGCUUGCUUAAAAACCUCUGCGUGGUUUUCAACUGGAAAAAGAACUUCUAGUGUGAAGUCUGAACUGAGCAGCAGCAGCCAGCUGGAGGGCGCGGGCGCCGCGCUGCGGCUCGCGCACCUUCUGGUGGUGUUCGUGCCGGGUGGAGAGGAACAGUCUUUUUGCAAGUUGGCGAAAACGGAUGCUUCCAGGGAGCCUGUCAUGUUUCCAGCUGUCAAAAAUUUACUCUGGGAAGCAUUGUUUUCCCCCGUUUCAGAGCAUUUUGGGUUUGACGAAUCUGGUUAAAAAUUGAGUGUUUGAAGUAGUGCUCUUUUCCAGGUGAAACUGCUUUUUGGUUUGCUUUGAAGGUAAGAGGAGGAGGGGGAAACUUUGCUCUUUUAAUUUAAGAAUUACAUUCAGUCUCUGAUGAAGUACAUGAUUAUUUGACAGUAAUGCCACUAAAUUUUUAAGUUGUAAAAGUUUAAUUGUAAGCAUCAGUCCAGUGCUCUGAAUUAUGGCACAGACUGUUGUCUUAAGAUGACUGACUCAUACUUUGGUGCAGUGUUUGAUGUUCAAAAACAAUGUUACAACAAUAAACAAACAUAAAAGAG